AUGAGUGAGCGUAACGUGGAAAGACUGGUUCGUAAAUAUAUUGAUAAACGUGAUGACAAAUUAAUUGAUAUUGUCGAACGAUGUAUUCGUAAAGGUUAUGAUCAUGAUCGUAUGAAGGAACGGAUCAGUGAGCAUGUUCGUGACAGUUCAGCAAGAAAGCGUCUUAUCGAGGCCUUAUCGAAUGCGUUUCCUCAGUUUGCCUAUAAAAGUAAACAUCCGUUUGAAGAGAAGAAAGAAAUGAAAAAAGAAGAACGGAAGGAGAAAAAACCGAAGAUGGAGGAAUUACCUAUUGCUACAGUGCAACCGCCAUCUGCGCCAAGUAUGCUCAUUGCACCAAAAUUGGCUUCGCUUCCGCUAAAAACUGAACCAAAAACCGAGGAAGUAACCGAAGAGGAAUUGCGUAGUAAAGAAUUAAUGUAUCAAGCACAAAUGGCAAUAGAAGAACGUAAGCGUCAGUUGAAUUUAACUGCGAAACCAGGCAUUGUUGCGCAGUCCGUUAUAUCAAAAGCAUCCAAACUGAAUGUGAAGGAAGCGAGUAUGUUCAUGAAUUAUUCUAUGGAGAAAAUUAAUCGGGUAAAAGAAUUGAAAGAAAAAUUGGCUCGUUCAACUGCUUUACCUCAGCUAACGAAGAAACAAUCGUCGGAAAAGGCCAAAGCAGAACCGGAGCAGGAAAUUGUCGAGUAUCUGGAUCCUCGUAUCAGCUUAAAAUCAGCGCAACGUAAAGUUAGAACAAUAACGUUUCAUGAUAAAGGUGAAUUCGAGGCAUUAGCACAUCGAGAACGAGCAAAAGCACGCUUGACGAUGCUGCAAUCUGAAAUCAGCCAUAUCGCCAAAAGGACUGGUAUGUCAUCCUCUGUCAAAUUGGCUAUGCUUACACCGUCAUCCACAUCUGCGCAGAUAAGUGAAGUACCGACUAUUGAAUGGUGGGAUGAAAUAGUGAUUAGAGCAGAUAACUAUGAUGCACUACCAGAUAAGAAUUUGAACAGUGAUGAGCGAUACAGUGAAACGAUCACAAAUCUUGUUUAUUUAACAAGUAAAGAACGCAAAAAGAUCCGUCGACAAAACAGAAAGGAAGCACAAAAAGAGCAAACUGAAAAGAUCAGGCUGGGAUUAGCGAGAGCGCCGGAACCGAAGGUGAAACUGUCGAAUCUGAUGCGUGUACUGGGGUCUGAAGCCGUUCAGGAUCCGACGAAAAUGGAGGCGCAUGUUCGCAAACAAAUGGCACAACGUCAGCGAAAACAUGAAAGUGCGAAUGCUCAACGCAAGUUAUCAAAGGAACAGCGCUCAGAAAAGAAAACGAAGAAACUCAAAGAAGACACAUCACUGUGUGUUUAUGUCACUGUUUACAGAGUAAAGUCGUUGGCGCAUCCGGCUAAAAAAUUCAAAGUGGAAAUGAAUGCGAAACAGUUGCAAAUGACUGGAUUAAUACUACUUCAUGCCAAUAUAAAUCUCGUGAUCGUUGAAGGAGGUCCUAAACAACAAAAGGUGUUCAAAAAUUUAAUGUUGAAUCGGAUCAAGUGGGCUGAUGAAAUAAUUGGACAGAAGAAGGAAGUGGAGGACAAAGAUGUUGCGGGUGAGAGGAAUCAGUGCUCUUUGAUCUGGGAAGGUGUAAUCAAAAAACGAAAUUUUACGGAUAUAAAGUGCGUGAGUGCUACUUUAGAGAAACAGGCACGUGAAUUGGUGGAGAAGUUUGAUGUGGGACACUACUGGAAUCUUGCUUAUAGCACUUCAUUGCUCAAAGAUGAUUGA